UUAAAAAUGCAUGUGUAGACAUCUAAAUUUGUAAAUGUUAGUUAACAAAUGUACAUAAGUUUAAGUUUUGUACUUGUCCUCUUUUCCAACUCACAUCCAUGUAAAAAUCUGAGAUCUGUGUGUCUGACACCCUAGAUGAGAAAACCAAAAGAAAGAGAAUGUGAUGAAUGACUGUUGCAAAACCUGUUGAUACAUGUGUUCAAGGAAUGAGGGAAAAAUGGAGCUGGAGAUCGACAGGCGGAUUGGUGCAGCGUCUGCAGUGGAGUGGAGCUGUGCUGGUCUGUUGUGGUGAAGAGAGAGCUGAGUCAAAAACGACAAAAGGCAGGCAAGGCAUUGUCAAUGCCAACCGGACCGCAGUGCGCACAGGGGAGACGCUGCGCGCCGCGUCGCUGCGCCGCUGCGCGCACCAUGACCACCCUUGGAAGACGGAUGCGGCUCGGUUGCUGUUCAAUCAGGCUUAUAAUGUUUUCUUCGCGUCUUUAUCAGCUGUGGAAUUAAGACAAAAGUUUACAAGAAGCGCAAACAAUGGCCCGAAUCUAAAUAGACCUCCGCUUCUCUGAGGCUGGCUGUUAGCCAUGAACGAGGAUGAGCUAAACAUGACUCAAAAGGAGCAUUUUCCAUUUGAAGAUGAACAUUUCGACUGCUGUAUUGAGGAGAACCUCUGGACACUGAAUGACAGCACAAAGCUGGUUGGAGUUCAAGUUGUCCUCAUCCUCUCUUACAGCACAAUCAUCUUAUUUGGAGUCACUGGAAACUCCUUGGUGAUUUAUGUCGUCUAUAAAUUCAAAAACCUACGCACGGUGACCAACUUCUUCAUAGUGAACUUAGCUGUGGCUGACCUGCUGGUGAACACGCUGUGUUUGCCUUUCACUCUUGUCUACCUGCUCUAUGAUGAUUGGAUGUUCGGCCAGGUGUUAUGCUUCUUGCUGCCUUUCGCUCAAGGCAUGGCUGUACACGUCUCCACCAUCACUCUGAACAUCAUCGCUCUGGACCGCCACAGGAGCAUCGUCCACCACAUGGAGACCAAGAUGUCCAGAGACAUGUGUGCCGUGGUCAUCGUCCUCACGUGGGCGCUCAGCGCCUUACUGGCUAGCCCGCUUGCCAUUUUCAGGGAGUUUGGGUCCUUUAACAUUUCCACAGAAGAGACCCUGCAGGUGUGCACAGAGAAGUGGCCGGACAGCAGCAUGAAUGGAAAAAUCUACAGCUUCUCCAUGCUGGUGGUCCAGGUCGUCAUACCGCUGCUCAUCAAUUCUGUUGCGUACAUCCGCAUAUGGAACAAACUCAAGAAGCACAUGAUAUGCGGCCGCAAUGACAACCAGCGAAGGAAGAAGACCACCAAGAUGAUGCUGACCAUGGUGGUGGUCUUUGCUGUGAGCUGGCUGCCCUUCCACGCUUUCCAACUGGCUAUAGACAUUGACAACAGUGUGCUGAAUAUGAAAGACUUUAAGCUGGUUUUCACCGUGUUCCACAUCAUGGCCAUGUGCUCGACCUGCGUCAAUCCCAUCCUGUACGGGUGGAUGAACAACAACUACAGGACGGCCUUCUUGUCUGUGGUCAAAUGUUACCGGGCCCUCGGUGUCAGAUAUAGAUCCUCCAAAAACAGAGAGCAAGAGAAAGAUGACGACAGGGACUGCACUGACUUCAGGUCAACAAACCUCUGAGAACAGGGGGAGUAUUUAUUUGCUGACUCAAAACGUAAUAGUCCCUCAUAACGUUUUUUUUCCCCCCAACUUUUACACAUUUGUCAUGCUACAGUCAGAAGCUUCUGUGUUUUUAUUUGGGAUAGAUCAAGGCAAAGAGAUGCCCAAUAAGGAAGGAAAAAGUCACAUUUCUUACAAAUCACAAUCUGUAAAGUGUGCUUUUGUACUGAGCCUCCAAAAUUCUGAGGCCUCUAAAAAAAAUCCAGUGGAGCCAAAGGGUAACAGGAGUGGUGGUGUUGGUUUAUUUCAGCGUAAAUAGAGCUGCAUCUCACAGAGCACUAUUCAUCCUAUAAUGAGCAAAAAUAUGGCACAGCUGCACACUUUCCAAAACAUCAUAAUCCACCUAAUCAGAGGCUGGGCAAGGAAACAAGGAUUCAGAGACGCAGCAAAGAGGUCCAUGGUAUCUCUGGAGGAGCUGCAGAGAUCCACGUCUCACUUUGGAGUAUAUGUUGCUAAGGCAACAAUUAGUUGCGCAUUUCAAAGAUGUGGCUGUAGUGGACCUGUGGCAAGAAAAUAGUGUCAAAAGAAA